AGGAGAUCAGAAAGAGCACAAAUAAAGAUUGCCGACGAAAGUUCCUUUCAUGGCGCCAUUGGCCAGGUAAUGGCGGCCUCAUCUCACAGCGAUUCAAAGGAAAAAGCAUUAUGGAUGGAGUCUGCCUGA